AUGUCGCCCCACCUUUUCACAUUUCUCAUCACCAAAUACCCAAAAUUUACGAAGAUCGCAAAAACUGGGCAAGAGCUAAACAUCUAUUCAACGAAUCCCUCAAAAGCCGAAGCAUUGCUCCAGAUGCUAACAGACAGUUUUGAUUACCUGGCUACCAUUUUUAAACCGGCUUAUCCACUCUCAAAACUAGAUAUUUUUCUUGAGCCGAGUAUUGGGUGGGCAAUGGAGCAUUGGGGAUUGAUUGUCUAUGGCGGCAAUCCGGAUCGAUCAAUAAUGCAACAUCUAGUGGCGCAUCAGUGGUUUGGGAAUUUGGUGUCUCCAUCAGCGUGGAAACAUGCAUGGUUGAGUGAGGGAUUCGCGACAUAUUGGGAGAAACAAGUCGCAAAAGAGGCCCCAGCAACGUUCGAACGUGAGCUGUAUAUCGUGAUUGACAAUGACCGUGGACUUGUACCAAUGGUAUUGGAGCCAUUCGUAACUUUGCGCGAUCUCGAACGCUAUCCUUGGCUGCGAUACGAGAAAGGGGCAUGCCUUUUGAAAAUGAUUGAGGGAAUGAUAGGACAACAGCCAUUGAUUGAUGCUAUGAAUAAAUACCUCGAAAAGUAUCAAUAUGAAGCCGUCGAAACGAGUCUAUUCUUUGAUGAGCUACUGUCGGCUUUUGAUAAAAUCAGGGAUAAAAUGGAUGGGAUAAGCAUUCAAGAGCUUGGAAAACAAUGGACCACGCAGCCGGGAAUCCCGACCAUCAGCGUCAGAAAGGGAAACGGCUCUUUUGUCCUAACCCAAAGCUCUUAUUACAAAAGCACUACAAAAUGGGAUAUACCGAUAUUCUUGUAUGAUCCGCAUUAUUGCACCGGUCCGGGAAUGAACGAAACGGUCACCUUCCAAUUCUUCAAAAAAGAAAUGACAGAACUUCACGUCGCAACCGAUAUGGCCGAUGAAAUGAUGACAUAUCUCGAAACGAGACACAACUAUCCAUGUCCACCGGCACACAGGGCACGACAUCUUCUAUCGGAUCUGAAACGAGAUAGAAAUGGAACAAUCGUAAAGAGGGCACUCGAUCUACUCAACAACAAACAUAAGGAAUUCCAGGAUUCAUUGGUGAAGCCCUUCUUUCGACGU